AUGUGUAAUGAUGCUUUUGCAUUAGAUGAGAAAAUUCCAAAUCAUAUGAUUGUUUGCCUUGAUUUACAUAUAGGAAGACGAGAAGUUUAUCAACGAUUAAAAACUGCUUUUUCAAGUGUAGCUGAGCCAAAAAGUGUGAAUCCAAUAAGAUUAAUUGACAAAGAUGAUGAUGCAAUUAAUCGCACAGUUGCCUUUGAACAAGUCAAUUUUGAAGGUGUCAAGUUUUUAUUAGUAACAUUCACAAAUGUUGAACGACAAAUAGAAAGAGCAGCUGUACUAUUAAUAAUGGAAAAAGGUAAAAAUAUUUUCAUUGAUCCAGUUACAAAUGAAUCAUAUCAAUCAAUUUAUGUCUUUUGGUACGAUAUUAGCCGUAGUGAUGAUUGGAUGAGAAAAUAUCUUGAUUAUCUUACACUACCAUUCGUAUUCGAUAAAGAUUUAUUAGUACGAUUAAUACGUGAUAUAGUUGAUUAUUUUGUUAUCGAAAGCAAACGUCUAUUAGCAACGAAUCCUUCAAACAAUUCAGCUGCUUUACAAUCGUCUUAG